AUGAGUAAAGAAGUUCACUCCCAAGGAAAAGUCCCCUUCUCUUGGGAGAAAAAACCGGGCGUGAGCAAGGCGACGGCCCGGCCGCCGGAGCACAACCGCGUCCCACCACGGAAGCUCCCGCCUCCACCAUGUCCUCCGGGCAUGUUGGAUGCACGACUUUCAUCCGUUCGCGACUCGCAAAUCCCUCGAGUACGCUUAUCGAGAAGCGCUUCUAGGAAGGACACGAAGAAGGUAACGGACGAUCCUUUCUUGAUUGCCUAUAAGGAGGUCACGAAGAGCGAUUAUAAAAAGGACAAAGGUUUGAUACGUCGUAGCGAGAAAGGGGAUCGCGGGCUCGGAGCGUUGAGGAAUAUUUUUAUGUUUUCUUGCAAAGUACAAUCGUCUUGUAUUGUGCAAGAGAACAGCGUAGUCAGAUUUUCCGAGCUUCCGAUUUCAAGAUCGUAUAGAGAUGGAGGCCACAAUUAG